AUGGCUGCCGCUUCCUCAUCUGCUCCCGAUGGAGCACCACCACUACCACCGCCGGAGAAAAAACCCUCUACGCACGAGCCCCAGCCCUCACCCCUUUCCACUCCUCAAUCGAAGAAAAUUUCUCCUGUGCCAUGGUCUCACAUGGAGACCGUACACCUCAUCGAAGCCUACCAGGGAAAAUGGUACUCUCUGAAACGGGGCCAGCUCAAGGCGAGCCAAUGGGAAGAAGUCGCCAUCACCGUCGCUGCUCGGUGCGGCUACGAGGAGCUCUCGAAGACUGCUACUCAGUGCCGCCACAAGAUGGAGAAGCUUCGCCAGCGCUACCGCUCAGACAAGAAACGUUCGUCUCUCUCUCUUUGGCCUUACUUCAACCUCAUGGAACGGAUGGAAUUUGGGCCAUUCCCGAUCGGGGCCCUUCCCAUUGCCGCCAUCGAUCUGCAUCGUAACAGAGACGAUGACUAUGAAGACGACGAUGACGGAGACGGAGACGAAGAUGAUGACGAUGAUGACGACGAAGCUAAUAAAUCUCGAAGCAUCAAUCACAUACUUCGCCGACCACCAAUGGCCUCACCGUAUCCUCAGCAGUGGAAUGAUGGUGGUCGUGGCGGUGGAGUAGCAGGGCCUCCUGGGGCUUCUAGGUUUUUAAGGAAUCCAAUGUUUCGCAAGAGAAAAUCUUUCGGGAUGGAUGAGGAGGAGGGGGAGGAGGAAGAGGGAGUUGACCCGAUUUCGGAAUUGGCUUCGGUGGUUAGAGCAUUUGGGGAAGGGUUUGUUCGGAUAGAGAAUAUGAAGAUGGAGAUGAUGAAGGAGACAGAGAAGUAUAGAGUGGAGAUGGAGAGCAAGAGGACGGAGAUGAUUAUCAAAUCCCAGCGACGUAUAGUCCAAUCCAUUGCCAAAGCCCUUGGCUCUCAGAAGAGGUCCAAGUAA